CCCCCCGGACCAGCGCCGCCCCCUCGGCAGGUGUGUGUUUUGUAAAGACUGAAGAAUGCUUUGACAUAACAAAGAUGGCUGCUGUGCUUGUCAAGGCGAGAAUACGACUACCAAGCAUACACUCAGUGGGACUACGGUGCAGUUUGUGCAUACUACGACUACUACAGCGCAGGUAAGAUGGCCGCCCUACCUCUUUGAGACCUCAACUGCUAACCACACCCUUCAUGACAUGUUGCUGUGACCUCCAAGACCAGCAUGCCUCCUGGUGGUCUCAGGACUCCUGGGGGGCGGAGCAGCAUCAUGGCGGAACAUCAAGCUCCUACGCCUGUAGUUAUGCAAAUAUAGCAUCAUGUGACCUCGGAGACCAGGAGGAGCAUCCUCCCAAAGACACCGAAGACUUAUUAGAAGCUUCCAGAGCUUCAGGAUUGUCAUCUAGCAGUUAUGAGCUCAGUCAGUACAUCAAUGGAGGUGAACAAGCCGAGCCGGUCCCACAGCCCGCCUCAGGUCUAAUUCGCUCGGCGGCUCCUCUCAAGUUCCCUGUCCCUCAUGCCAUGGUCAGCUUUGGUCCUGCGGGUCAGCUUGUGAAGGUCACGCCGGGUCACUCGGCACGGGAACGCCUGAGCCAAGUGGAGAUGCACAGUCUGGAGGUCAUCCUCAGCGAGACACAGGAGCAGCAGGAAAUGAGGAACUUUCCAGGACCUUUAACUCGGGAACAGUUGCACAAAGUGGAUGCUAUUGACUUCGCUCACCAGAGCGCGUUGUCUUGCACCAAAGAUGACAAACUGCAUGAUGGGAGCUCUGCUGCCCUUUUGUGGAAGAUCCUGGUACUGCUGUGCAGACAGAAUGGCGUAAGUGAGGAGUGCCGCAAACUCGCCAUGAAACAAAUGUUUCAUUUCCUUGUUACGCUCUCCUUCCAGCAAAUAGUUGGCUCCGAUGUUGCGGAGCUGCUGAUGCAGGGAUCACUCUCAGACGGAAGCAUUGUGUCCAACGACACGGCGCUCAUCGACUUCAGCGAGGACAGUGUUGCCGAGGCACCCCCCAGCCUGGGAGACGACCUCCUGACAGGAGGCUGCAGUGCUGAGACAUCUAAGAAAAGUCUGCACAGCUACACUCAGCUGCUAUUGGCCGGGAGAAAGAAGGAGGCUCUGGAGUCAGCUAUGGGUGGCGGCAUGUGGGGACAUGCCCUCUUUUUAGCCAGCAAAAUGGACAUGAGGUUCUACACCACUGUGCUGGACAGGUUCACUGGACAGCUGAGUGCCACCGACCCACUGCAGACUCUCUUUCAGCUUCUGUCAGGCAGAAUCCCAGCUUUCGCCACGUGCGGUGACCUCAACCGGGCCGACUGGCGCCCUCACCUGGCCGUGAUGCUGUCCAAUGAGACAGGAGACUCCACUCUCCGACAGCGAGCUGUGGUCACCAUGGGAGAUACGCUAGCCUCCCGAGGCCUUGUGCACGCUGCUCACGUGUGCUACUUGAUGAGUGGCGUUCCUUUCGGCGCCUUCACUGAGACAACGGCAAGGAUGGUUCUGUUGGGCUGUAGCCACAAGGACACAUUUAGGCGCUUCGCCUCCAAUGCUGCCAUCCGCCGCACCGAAAUGUACGAGUAUUGCCAGACACUUGGUGCCAAACACUUUUCCAUCCCAUCAUUCCAGGUCUUCAAGUUUUUGUACGCCACUCGUCUUCUGGACUGUGGACUGGCUUGUCAGGCAUUUCAUUACUGUGAGGUGGUCGGCCGGACCCUCCUCACGCAGCCAGAAGUCUUCUAUGUUUUGACUGAGGAACUCAUUAAGCUGGCUGAGCGCCUCACACACGCAGACGGUCCAAUUAAUGUGGUUGGGUUGGGUGGCGCCAGACAGGAACCAACAUGGCUGACAGCACUGCGUGCCAGGCACAAUGGUUUUUUGAAGGAAGGUUCUGACAAGUCAGAGGUCCAACAAGCUGUUCUUCAAGCUGAAGAGCACUUCUCAGAACCUGACUUCAGUGACAGUCAGGGUCCACAAGAAGAACCUCUUUACGGGAGCAGAACUGUGGAUGGACACUCUUUGGGACAAGAGUCCUCCUGGAAUGUCAGAGGAACUCAGGAAUGGGCUGAGGCCCAAGCUCCGAUACCAGGAGUGACACCUCACACCUACCCAGCAACCUCAGCAGCUCAGCAGAACACAGCUGGUGCUGAGGCUGGAAGCCACUCACCACAUGGAAGUAGGUGGCUGGUAGCAGCACAGUGCGGAGUGCUGCCCUCUGGAGUGACGCCAGGGCGGGACCAGGUGUCAGAGGGUUCUCGUGCCACUCAGCUGACCAAGCAGCUUUCUUCACAGAGCAAAAAGUCAGGAUGGUUCCAUGGAUGGUUCAAGUCCAAGUCCCCUGACACACAAAACUGAUCACAGGAAAUGACCUCAUCACCUAAAGGCUCUACCUCUCAGCUGGCGGUGAGGGUGCGCUUGAUUGAAUGUACCGCAGUGACAGUAUACACACUUGAAGAAGGUAACCAUACAUACAUGGUAAAUGUUAAGAGGAAUAUCCACUUUAAUGUAUGUAUAGUAUAUGUAUAUACUGUAUGUGACCCUUUAAAGUGGAAGUACGACACUCCUUGUGACUCACAAAGUUGACGUAAAAGAGGAAGCAAAAUUUUAACUUCAAUUCAAAUGUGGUCAUUUAAAUUCGUAUGUGAUGUACAGUCAUGGACAAGAAGUGCAAAUCUUCAAGUUGAUAAAUAUUUAUAUUAAGUUUAAUAUUGUUACCUUCACAUUAAAAAAAAGUAAAAUGUGCAAUACCUGAAAGCCGGAAAUGACCAUCUCAAUACAGAAUUGUGUUUUGUUAUUAAAUUGCUCAUUUUCAACCUGUGCAGUGAAAGACUUUAUAGUUUCAAGCAUCUACAGUUAUUUUUAUCAUUUAUGUUUGGAGGAGCAUUUAUACAUUUUAUUGUUCAUCGA